ACACAUCCACUUCUCGCACACCACCCCCACCAGCAGCGCCUCUCACUCCUCACGCCUGCAUCACACACACACACAUCGCAUUCGCUCUCGCGCAUCCCAUACCCUGAUCACAUAGAGCCCCACACCUAAUCGCCAUCAUGACCAAGGCCGUCGGUAUCGAUCUCGGCACGACGUACUCGUGCGUCGCCGUCUGGCAGAACGACCGCGUCGAGGUCAUUGCCAACGACCAGGGCAACCGCACGACGCCGUCGUACGUCGCCUUCACCGACUCGGAGCGCCUCAUCGGCGAUGCCGCCAAGAACCAGGUGGCGAUGAACCCGCACAACACCGUCUUCGACGCCAAGCGCCUCAUCGGCCGCAAGUUCGACGACGCCGAGGUGCAGAGCGACGCCAAGCACUGGCCGUUCAAGAUCGUGAGCAAGGACGGCAAGCCGAACAUCACCAUCGAGUACAAGGGCGAGGAGAAGACGUUCACGCCCGAGGAGAUCUCGUCGAUGGUGCUGCUCAAGAUGCGCGAGACGGCCGAGGCGUACCUCGGUGGCACCGUCAAGGACGCCGUGGUGACGGUGCCCGCCUACUUCAACGACUCGCAGCGCCAGGCCACCAAGGACGCCGGUGUCAUCUCGGGCCUCAACGUCAUGCGCAUCAUCAACGAGCCGACGGCCGCCGCCAUCGCGUACGGCCUCGACAAGAAGGGCGAGGGCGAGAAGAACGUGCUGAUCUUCGACCUCGGCGGCGGCACCUUCGACGUGUCGCUGCUGACCAUCGAGGAGGGUAUCUUCGAGGUCAAGGCCACUGCGGGCGACACCCACCUCGGCGGCGAGGACUUCGACAACCGCCUCGUGACGCACUUCGUGCAGGAGUUCAAGCGCAAGAACAAGAAGGACCUGACGACGAACGCACGCGCGCUCCGCCGUCUGCGCACGGCGUGCGAGCGCGCUAAGCGCACGCUCUCGUCGGCCGCCCAGACGAGCAUCGAGAUCGACUCGCUCUUCGAGGGCGUCGACUUCUACACGUCGAUCACGCGCGCGCGCUUCGAGGAGCUGUGCGGCGACCUCUUCUCGCACACCAUCGAGCCCGUCGAGAAGGUGCUGCGCGACUCGAAGAUCGACAAGGCGAGCGUCAACGAGAUCGUGCUCGUCGGCGGUUCGACGCGUAUCCCGCGUGUGCAGAAGCUGCUCCGCGACUUCUUCAACGGCCGCGAGCCCAACAAGUCGAUCAACCCCGACGAGGCCGUCGCGUACGGCGCCGCCGUGCAGGCCGCCAUUCUCUCCGGCGACACGUCGGAGAAGACGCAGGACCUGCUCCUUCUCGACGUCGCGCCGCUGUCGAUGGGCAUUGAGACGGCCGGUGGUGUCUUCACGGCGCUGAUCAAGCGCAACACGACGGUGCCCACCAAGAAGUCCGAGGUCUUCUCGACGUACGCCGACAACCAGCCCGGCGUGCUCAUCCAGGUCUACGAGGGCGAGCGUGCCCGCACGAAGGACAACAACCUGCUCGGCAAGUUCGAGCUCUCCGGCAUCCCGCCGGCGCCGCGCGGCGUGCCGCAGAUCGAGGUCACCUUCGACGUCGACGCCAACGCCAUUCUCAACGUGUCGGCGUCCGACAAGUCGUCGGGCAAGGCCGAGAAGAUCACCAUCACCAACGACAAGGGCCGUCUGUCGAAGGACGACAUCGAGCGCAUGGUCUCCGACGCCGAGAAGUACGCCGAGGAGGACAAGAAGGAGGUUGACCGCAUCGCUGCGCGCAACAACUUCGAGUCGUUCGCCUUCCGCACGAAAAACAGCCUCAACGAGGAGGCCAUCGCGUCGAAGAUCUCGGCCGAGGACAAGGAGAAGGUCACCAAGGCCGUCGACUCUGCCAUUGAGUUCCUCGAGAGCUCGCAGAGCGCGUCCAAGGAGGAGUACGACGAGCGCCAGAAGGAGCUCGAGAGCGUCACCAGCCCCAUCUUCUCGGCACUCUACGGCCAGGCCGGCGGCGCACCCGGCGGCGCUCCGGGCGGCAUGCCCGGCGGCGCACCCGGUGCCGGCGCCUCGGAGCCGUCGGUGGAGGAGCUCGACUAAGCAGUGACUCGGCAUUCGAUUCCGUCUUGUAGAGGGCCUGACUUUUUUGUGACAAUAUCAUGAUCUCCGCACACACCAUCUCGCCUGAGCCUCGUCGCCGUGCUGAGCAGUGCGAGGAGAGGGCAUUGAGCGGCGGGGUCGAGAAGCAUGCCUGAUGCAUUCUCCUGCGCCACUUCCUGGCUAGCCUCUCAAGGCGCUGAAUAGCCCGUUUGCGCCUGUGAACGGACACUGAGCACCU